AUGUCUUCCCUCUUCGAUGCCGUCCUCCAGUCUGAGCUGGGCUCGGGGCCUGGCGCCCGUCAUAAGCCUGAAUCCGAACACGACCGCCUGCCCAGUUCUCGCCAUACCGAGGAGGGCAAUGGUCUCACGAGUGAUACGAAUGCGUUCCCCGAUGACCAAAUCGUUGGAGCCAGCACAUCGGCUGUCAGUCGUCUACGGAAUCCCUACGCUCCUGGCCCCCCGCCCGUGAUCGAUGAGGCCGGAGAGAAAGUUCAGCAGGCAUUCGAGGAGCUUCUGGAGACAUUCAUGGAAGAGCCCUCAUCAUCGGCCCCUCCCUCUUCUGGAGAGGCCCUGAGCGACAAAUACUAUAUCGCACAGAUCAAGGGCAUGAAGAAAUUUGAACUGUCCACUCUCUAUGUGGAUUUCACCCACCUGACCUCCCUGGAGAACCAUAUUCUGGCCGAUGCCAUUGCCGGCCAAUACUACCGAUUCCUCCCAUUCCUCACCAAAGCUCUCCACAACCUGGUUGCCAAAUAUGAACCGGAAUACUUCGUAUCGCACAGAUUGGCCUCUAGCGCAUCCACGCAACCCAGUGCUUCCGUGGCCUCCGCUUAUUCCAAUGUCAACGACAACCCCGAUUUGGAGCGUCAAAUCCGCGAGAAGACUCGUCACCAACAGACCGACAAGCUGUUCGCGCUCGCUUUCUACAACUUGCCGCUGGUUUCUCGCCUUCGCCAGCUGCGCACAUCGCAGAUUGGAAAGUUGCUUUCAGUCUCAGGAACAGUCACAAGAACCUCCGAAAUCAGACCCGAGCUGUCGCUGGGAACCUUUAUCUGUGAGGGCUGUAAGACUGUCGUUUCAAACAUCGAGCAGACCUUUAAGUACACCGAGCCCACCGAGUGCCCAAAUGCGACCUGCGGUAACCGCAAUGGCUGGCGCUUGGAUAUCGGCAAGAGUACCUUUGUCGAUUGGCAGAAGGUCAAGCUUCAGGAGUCGUCUCACGAGAUCCCAACGGGUAGCAUGCCCCGCACUAUGGAUGUUAUCCUGCGCGGUGAAAUGGUCGACCGUGCCAAGGCCGGCGAACGUUGUAUCUUCACUGGUACCUUGAUUGUCGUGCCAGAUGUGAGCCAGCUGGGACUUCCCGGUGUGCGUCCCGAGGCUGUCCGUGAUAACAACUCCUUCCGCGGUAACGAAGUCGGUGGCGGUGGUGUGUCUGGUCUCAAGGCUCUGGGUGUUCGUGAUCUGACUUACCGCCUGGCCUUCCUUGCCUGCAUGGUGACCCCGGAUACUACAACCCCUGGCCAGAAGCCGGAGCAGCAGCUCAGCGGCCAGUCAAACAACAUUCUGGCCUCUUUGAACCAGAACCCCGAUCCCGAUACGAAUGACGACAAGGCCCAGGAAGCUUUCCUCCAAAGCCUCACACCCGCCGAGGUCCAGGAUUUGAAGAGACUGGUCCACUCAGAGUACAUCUACGCCCGACUAAUUGACUCGAUUGCGCCAAUGGUCUUUGGUCAUCGCCAAAUCAAGAAGGGCCUUCUUUUACAGCUGAUCAGCGGUGUCAGCAAGAAGACAGCCGCAGAGAGCCUGCAACUGCGUGGUGAUAUCAACAUUUGCAUUGUCGGUGACCCAUCCACCAGUAAGAGUCAGUUCUUGAAGUACAUUUGCUCCCUGCACCCCCGCGCAGUCUAUACCUCCGGCAAAGCCUCAUCCGCAGCCGGUCUGACAGCAUCCGUCGUAAAAGACGCGGAGACGGGAGAAUUCACCAUCGAAGCCGGAGCCCUAAUGCUCGCAAACGGAGGCGGAAUCUGUGCCAUCGACGAAUUUGACAAGAUGGACAUCGCCGACCAAGUCGCCAUCCACGAAGCAAUGGAACAACAAACCAUCUCCAUCGCCAAAGCCGGCAUCCACACCACCCUCAACGCCCGCGCCUCCAUCCUAGCCGCUGCUAACCCCAUCGGCGGCCGGUACAACCCCAAGUUAACUCUGCGCCAAAACCUUAACUUCAGCGCGCCCAUUAUGUCUCGAUUUGACGUGUUCUUCGUCGUCCGCGACGAGCCCAAGGAAAAGGUUGAUCGUGAGUUGGCGGAGCAUAUCGUCAACGUGCACAUGAACCGCGACGAGGCUAUCGAGCCGGACCUGAGCACGGAGCAGCUGCAGCGCUACAUCCAGUUCGCGCGGACUUUCCGUCCUGUUUUCAAUGAGGAGGCCAAGGCUCUUCUUGUUGAGAAGUACAAGGAACUCCGCGCGAAUGAUGCACAGGGCGGUAUGGGUCGCUCGUCGUACCGUAUCACUGUGCGUCAGCUGGAAUCUUUGAUCCGAUUGUCCGAGGCCGUGGCCAAGGCCAACUGUGUCGAGGAAAUCAUCCCCGAUUUCGUGAUCGAAGCGUACAAUCUCCUCCGCCAGAGUAUCGUGACGGUUGAAAAGGACGACGUCGAGGUCGAUGACGAUGUUCGUAUCCGUGGUGGGGACGAGGACCUGGAGAUGGGCGAUCGGGACCGCGAUGGCGAUAGCCCGAUGCGUGAGGACGGCGAAGAGGCCCAGACCCAGCCCCAGACGAAGGCGGAGAAGACCAAGACUAAGAUCACUUUCGACAAGUACUCCAAGAUCCUGAACCUCUUCGUGCAGCGCAUCCGCGAGGAUGAGGUGAACCAGGGUGAGGGCGUCGAGCAGGAAGAUCUGAUCCUGUGGUACCUGGAGCGAAUCGAAAACGAGCUGAAAUCAAAGGAUGACUACGAGCGCGAGCGCGAUCUGGCCGCCAAGGUGUUGAAGCGCAGCGUCAAGGACCGAGUCAUUCUCCGUAUCUCAUCGAGUCUCAUGGAAGACGCGAAUACCCAGCAGUCCGCAGAGGAAAAGAUUCUUUACGUGAUGCAUCCAAACUGCGCUUUCGAGGAGAUGUAGGCAAUUGCCUGAUCUCGC